AUGACAGCAGCAGGCAAGAGCCAGGGGAAGGCGGAGAGAAAAAAAAGGGAGGGGUCAGUAGCAGCCUCACCAACAACAACUGUGCUGCCAGUUUCCCCAUCAGCACCUCCAGAGAAAGGGGAUCCACCCAGCCAACUAUACCGCUCCCUACCGGAAAUUGACCCUCCCCCAUACCAUACACAUCACAGCUCUGAGAAACCCUCCUCUCCACCAGUGCAGGCCCCUGUGGUGCUUGUAAAAGGAGGACAACUGGACAUCGAAGCACCAAACGAUGAAAUGGCCAAAGCCUUCCACAAAGAAGCGGCAGGAGCCAUAGGAACACUGACUAGACUCAUGGAGCACUCCAUGAGCCGAGUGGAUGAUUUGACAUCAGCUGUAGCUGGUCUCUCUUUAAAUCAGAGCAAUAGCUCUACCUCUGAGCCUCCUGGAGCUGUGCCCACUUCAGCCACACCAUCAUAUGCCGCCUCCAGAGGCACAUCAAUAAAAACUAGGGAUUCAGAAAAAGGAAGUUUAGCCUCCACCCGCACGGGGACACCGAACCCCCCUCCCUUGGUGGAUGAACCACAGCUGACCUAUGGAGAACAGUGGGAUGGAGGGAUAAAAAAGGGAGGGUUAAUGGAGAGAAAAGGACUGGGGGGGCAGGACUCCGAUAGCGAGGACGAGCAUGACAAGAAGAGAAGGGAGAUGAAUAAUCAACUCCUCUGGACCAUGGGUCAUGAUCCUGAUGGAUGGGUGGAGACUCCAAUCCAGAGAGUGGCAGGUGUGCUUACAGGCCAAUUUGAAGGACACCUGACUCCCACAGAGAUGCCACAGGAGUCUAGACGACUUCCAACAUCUCAUGGACACACCUAUGAUUUACGAGAAAAAAAAAAAAACAAGGUAAACUACACCCAGAUGCCCCUACUCGUGGCUGGGAAUGGCGCACCAGCUUAUGUCCCUUUCGCACAUAGAGACAUGGAUGGAUUGAUGGGAAAACUGCCUCCUCUAGCUGGAGGAGCAGAAGACUGGAUUGCAACAUUGGAAAGCCUCACAAUGGGAGAAACUCUUUGUGCUGGAGAUAUGAGAGCCCUCCUGGGAAGAGCAGAGGGGGUACAGGUUGCAAAGAAGUUACUUAAGAUGGCAGGAAUACGAUCUGUGGAUCCUGAUCACAUGCCAUUCAACACCUUCAGGAACCUACUGUGGGGUGUCUUAAGACAAGAAUAUCCAACUGACAGAAGCAUAGACGGAGUAGGAGAUAUCAAGAUGAACCCUGGAGAAGCAAUGCUGGAAUAUUUGAAGAGAGCAGCCAAACUGUGGGCACAGCAUACGGGAGCCAGACAUGAUUCCAGCGACGCUAUACAGGCUCUGUGGAAAAUGCAGUUUGUGAAGGGGCUGCCGGAAGAGGUGCAGAAAGCGCUGGUGAGCGUGGUAGGACUCCAGAAAAUGACUUACAAGCUAUGGGUGGCAAACCUGGAGCACCACAACCGCCAGUAUCUGGCCUGCAAAGGCCAAGAGGAGGAGGAACUGAAGGCUCUCUCUAAGAGGCUGUUACGCCGCCAAGUGGCAGAAAAAGAGGAUGAGGUUAACAGGAACAAAAGUAAAGCCAAACAGAUGGUAGCCACCCCUGUUGUUCCAGAUGGGAAUUGGCAACAGGAAGUGACCAAGGCCGUAACUGAGGCCAUUAAGGCUCAGUUGCCGUCUGCUGGACCAGCGCCCCCUGCAGAUCAACCACAGUACUACCGCAGUCCUCCAUAUCCCCAACCAGGAUAUCCCCAGCCAGGCCCACACUGGGGGGUGGGGGGGGGCAGAGGAAGAGGGAGAGGACACAUGGGAGAACCCCGCCCCUGCUACCUAUGUGGACAACUCGGACAUUGGGCCAGAGACUGCCCUAGAGGAGGAGGAGGUUCCCAAGCUCUGCAACAACAACAAGGCCAAUUUCAUCCCAGAGGAGGAAGGGGAGGGCCAAGAGGAGGAGGUUCCACAGCUGAAGCCUGCCUGACUGCUACACACUCCCUGCUCACACUGCUUGCAGAACAAGGGUACAAGGUCAAAAGAGAAAAGGUGCAAGUUUGCAGACGCAUGGUUGUGUUUCUAGGCCGUGAGAUCUCUCACGAAGGACACACCCUCACGAAGUCAUCCAUCCUGUCACAUGGGAAACCAGCCACAGUCCAACAAAUGCUAGCCUUUUUAGGCCUGACAGGGUAUAGCCGUAACCAUGUUCCAGCGUAUAUGGAGCUCACACAACCCCUGAGAGACAUGGUGGCAGAGGUGGGAAAUCGCAACCUCACUGGCCACUUGUCAUGGACCCAACCAGCUGAAGAGGCUUUCACCCUCACGAAACAAGCACUGGCACAAGCUGCUGCUCUGACAUCACCUGACUACACAAAAUCCUUCCAUCUUGAUGUUUCUGAAAAAGCUGGAGUAGUUAAUGCUGUGCUUUUCCAGAAAAAGGAGGGAGAAAGAAGAGUGCUAAUGCACCACAGCUCCAAACUGGAUAAUAUGGAAACAGGGCAAGCAGGAUGUACAAGGUACUUAGCAGCAUUGGCAAGAGCAAUCACAAAAACAAGCCACAUAGUAAUGUGCCACGAAUUGAAAGUGAACACUGAUCAUGGAGUAGUGGGAUUUUUGGGAUCAAGUGCAUUCACCUUCUCCACAGCAAGAAAAAUGAAAAUUUCAGACAUUCUGCUGCAACCACAUGUCACAUACCACACUGAAGGUGUGAACAUGGCAAGUGGACUGACCACAGACAAUAGCCAAGCGCAGAAUUGUGCGGAAAGAGCUGAGAAAGAUUUAAGACUCAGAGCGGAUCUGGAAACAGAACCUCUGCAAAACCCAGAAGUGAUCCUGUUCACAGAUGGAUGCUGCUACAGAAGAGACAGUGGAAAUGUGGCCUCCUAUGCUGUAGUAAAACAGGAUCCACACACAAAGACGAAUCUCACAAUAGACCAAGGUCUCAUACCACAACCAGCCUCAGCACAGCUGGCUGAAAUAGUGGCCUUAACAAGAGAGUGAACA